UCUCUCGCCUGGAGCGCAGUGCGACGUCGCGACGCACCACGUGCGGUGGGCCAACACACAUCGAGGACACACAUCACGGAGAGAUACGGAAAACGCAAAACGACGCGACGCGAAACGGAAGUCACUUCCGGUGCUCUGCUCCUCUCUCCUUUCGCGCAUUUCUUCGGGUGGCGCGCGCGCGUCCUUGGACCCAUCAUCGUCGCCGCGGUCGUCGUGGCUGUGCUCGUGACCGCCGUCGUCGUCGCCGUCACCGUCGCCGUCGUCGCGUCACGAAGAUUGCGCGCUCGCCCGCCUGCCAUCUUCGACGAGCUACCGAGUGAUUCCGACGUGCGAGCGAGUACGUGCGUUGUCCGGCAAUGCGAGAGGGGUAAAGAGAGAGAAAGAAAGAGAGGGAGAGGUCUUAAAAGGGAAAAAAAGAAGACAGUUCGCAGAGAAGGAGCAAACCGAGUUAGAGAGGGGAUAAGGAAAAGAAAGUCACGGAAGGGGGAAAAGGAAGGCGACACAAGAGAGGAAGAAAGAAUGUGAGGGAGAUGGCUUGAUUGUAUUUCGAAUUAGCCUUCGAUAAUCCGCUCGCGGAUUAAGUUACGAGGGCACGCACGUGCAUACGGCCGUGCGCGCACGGCUUUCGUUCGCAGGAUCCGCGUCGGAUACCAUCCUGCGCGGACGCUUUUUCCUGUGUUUGUAUUUACAAUCUGUGAAUCUCACGGGAAAACGUUAAUUUCGCCGGUAGCCAUCGCCGCCGCCGCCACCAUCACCAUCACCAUCAGUCGGUGCAUCGUGAGAUCGAAAAUACGAGACGAGUAUAACUCGAAGUUGCACGGACCUGCCGACGGAGAGAUGCCGCCUGCCGAUCAUCUUGUAACGUGAAUGAUAAGCUGGGUAUUGGUAGUGUGCCAAUCAGCGAGGAGUUCCUGGGUUUCCUACGAAUUUUUCAAUCACGGGGGAUACUAACAACAUGUCUUACCUCGCUUUGGACUCCAACGCCUGGCAGGACCGUCUGACUGGUCAUGGAGGCAUUUCCUCGCUAGGCGGUGGGAAUUCGUCGCCCUAUUCCGGUGCUCAUCACCAUGGACAUCGGGGAAACGGAAACGGGGGCGGCAUGCCUCACCACGGGGGUGCCUCUCUGCCGACCGCCUCCGACUUUCAACCCCCUUAUUUUCCACCGCCGUUUACCUCGCACCAUCACGCUCCCGCCAGUCCUCAGCAUCCCGGCCUCGGCCAACCGCAACACCUGGAUUACCUCGUCGGUGAUCCUUAUGCGCAAACCCUUAACACGUUGCACACGCAUCACUACAAUCACCUGAGCGCCGCUGUGACUGCGGGUCAGAGGAGUGGUGAUCUCAGGAGAGACGCCGAAGGGAUUCACGUGGCAAAUAUGCACGCGUCGUUUCCUUACGACGGCGGACGCAGUAGUGGCGGUGGCGGUGGCGGCGGAGGUGGCGGCGGGGGUGGUGGUGGCGGACGGGGUGUCGAGUAUGGUGCCGUACGUCGUCCUGAUGCUCUUCUACCGCCUCCGGGUCUUGACCAAACCGACCUCGUUCUGCACAGCAGCCUCGUUGACGACCCCCAGAACACGAACGUGGACGAUGGAGGGUUCAUGAACGACCUGCCGUUACUGAAAAAUAUGAAACCUUCGGACAGGAGCGAGAAGACCAUGUUGUCCGGUAACGCGCAGCCAUCGGACGUAUUCUGCUCAGUUCCAGGACGAUUAUCGUUACUAAGCAGCACCAGCAAGUACAAAGUUACGGUAGCAGAGGUACAAAGACGACUAUCGCCACCGGAAUGUUUGAACGCGAGUCUUCUUGGCGGCGUAUUGCGAAGGGCGAAAUCCAAAAACGGCGGACGUCUGCUUAGGGAAAAACUGGAAAAAAUUGGUUUGAAUCUACCAGCUGGUAGAAGGAAGGCAGCCAACGUCACGCUCUUAACAUCCUUGGUAGAAGGAGAAGCCAUUCACCUUGCCAGAGACUUUGGCUACGUUUGCGAAACUGAAUUCCCCGCGAAACAAGUCGCCGAGUAUCUCAGUCGGCAGCAUUGCGAACCGCAAGAUUCCUAUAGAAGAAAAGAGCUUCUUCAUGCCACCAAACAAAUCACCAAAGAGCUGAUGGAUCUUUUGAAUCAAGACAGAUCGCCACUUUGCAACACGCGGCCGCAACAUAUCCUCGAUCCCAGUAUACAAAGACAUCUCACUCAUUUCUCUCUCAUAUCACACGGAUUCGGAAGUCCUGCGAUCGUGGCCGCUCUAACGGCUAUACAGAAGUUCCUAAGCGAGUCUUUAAAUCAUCUGGAGAAAAUGUAUCCCGGGAACGGUAGCGGCGUGACGAGCAGUCAACAAUCGAAUCUCGACACGAGCAAGAACAAGGACGGCACGCUGAUGAACGACAUGAAGAAGUGACGCACGGAAGACCCGCCUACCUCGAACGUGGUCACGUCUAUCCGGCACUCCUGGCCGUACAAUUGAGCUUUCGUGUCUCGCUCCUCUUGCGGAAAGCUCGCAGUGGACCACUUGAGAACACACGUCACACGUACAGGCAUUCGCUUGCGACGUGUCGCGUGCCACCGUGUCACGCCGAGGUUGGCUGGUCGUAAGCUUCUUCGUAGACAAUUUGACACGUAGGCUACGUACGUACGAAAUGUGCAAUCAGGGAUAAGUCGGUAUCGGAGGGAGAACAAGAGAGGUCAAGAAAUUCUCAUUCGUAAUACAGUUCAUCGAGGAGCUAAGCACGAGCGGCUCAACUCUGUCACCUUUGCUGGUCACCUUUGGUACAGUUUCUAUCCAUUUUUAUACUCUGUGUUAACGAUAUCUAAAAAUGUCUUUAAAAUGUUCCCUUAUGCCGACUUACACAGUUGAAAUGUUGCCAAUAAAAUUAUUACGAUACAAUCCUCCUUAUAGGAAGCUGGAAGAGAAAAGAUUUGGUAAGUGGAUAAAUAUAUAUUGUGCUAUAAACGUGCACACCAUGUUGAAACAAUAAGGAUUAGACGCAUGUACCAUGAGCGUCCAAUGGAUAUUCUUGGAUAUUCUCAGAAAAGUCAUUGCGCCAAUUAAAUUAGAUUUUUUGGAAAUUGUGCGAAAUAUAAGAAGUGUAAGUUGAUUAUAAUAAUUUGUAUUGACGAAAGAUUUCUAAAUUCAAUGGAAACACGUACGAUAUCGUAAUCUUGUGUUAAAAAGUAUCCAAAGGCAAAUAUUGCGCGGAAGAAUUAAUGAACCUGAGAAUACCAAUUGGACAUUUAUGUUGCAUGGAAAUUAAAGUUGAAGGCUUGUAUACUUUUGCAAAUCCAAAUCCGGAAACGGUUCUGUUCCAAAGAGUUGAUCUGUACACGUAUAUACAUAUAUAAUUUAGGUAAAUUAUGUCUAGCUGUCAUACAUGACGAAACAUACAUGACACGUACGAAGCUUAAAAUGUGUCAAUAAUUUGCUGGCUUUAAAGAAAACAUUCCACGAUGUCAAAGCGAUCAAAGGUAUGCAGCUACAAUCUUUGCACUCUAUUCAUAUAAGAUCCGCCCUUUACGCCACCGAUAAUUUAUCGCAAGUCGAAGUUGUUAGAGAUUUGCGACUAAUAUACGAUAAAUAUACGUAAAUCGCGUCCAGGAAUAUUUUGCCUGCAAACUUCUCUGUACUGAGGGAAAAUUAUUUGAAAAUUUAAAUUAUCAAGCAAGCGAGAGAUGCUCGAAUAAAAGUUCUCGCUUCUUCGAUUUAUCGUAAUUACUUGAUUGCAGUAUCUCCAUCAAACAUUCGAAAGAUGUACUCGGCAAUCUCGGCAUAGAAAUUGUACUCGACAAGCAACAAGUGAGAUGCGACAGCUGCGUAAGAAUACAAAAUGUUAUUUGGUUCUCUCGCACUGCCAAUUAUUGUUUCUGUCGAAAGCUUCGCACGAGAAAAUUCAUUAUUAAACAGACUAAAGAGAGAGAAAUUUUAUCAGUUUGUAAAGUAUAUGUUGUUUAUGAUAGUCGAAAAAACACGUAAAACACUUGGUGCAAUUGUUAAUAUUAAUAAUGUGUUAAUUCGCUAAAUGAUUUAAUUAUUCUUGCAAUCUAAUUAUCUACAAUUUUUAAUAAGUAAGUAAUCUGCGACAUAAAAACAAAAAGCAUUUACAUUAGCUAACUUAAAUAUGAAAGGACAAGAAUAAUCGAGAUUUAUUUAUAAUUGAAUUCUGAUUGUUUUAACGGUUAUAAGAUAAUCAAGAAUUACUUUCUCUCUUGCGUCAGGAGAGUUGUGCUUCCAUCAAUGAGACUUAUCUGGACCAGCAACCCUUUAUAUAUAAACGAAAGGUGGAAGUGAUUAUACAUGAGAGCAUUAAAGUGCAACUUAGUCCUCAUUAAUCAAUUGUAUCAAUCAUCUCUACUGAUAUUAAAGAAAAUGGGGUGUCGUACGAUUAACCACAGCAAGCAUAUUCUGCCUUUCAUAGGUGCAUACUCGCGUGAUAGUCAGGGACGAUGUUAAAUCCGAGGAAUAGUCACGACUCGAGUCCUUCCGAGAUGAGAUUCUAAACGUUUGGCGUUUUUCCAAAAUGAAUUUUGGUAUCGUUAAAUUUCUGAUUUCACUUGACAUGCUUUUCAUGCUACAUUCUGAUCUUCUGGAACAAUUAUCGUUACUCAACAACGAGUGAAAGUCAAUGAAAAUAAGGAUCGUCCGCGUUACGGGCCAUUACGAACGAUUAGAUUCUUCCUCCAAGGACGACAGUCGCGGUAUUUCUAGGGCCGUUAUCGUGCCAAUGCGAAACUUGCCAUUAAAAAGAUGUGCCAAUUAUCAAUAUCGAGCUAUUUAACGUAAGCAAAAGGCGGCUAGAGAAAAAAAAAAGCGUAGAGAAAAAGCGAUGGCAGUGUGCAACGAAAAUGUGUAUUCCGUUGUAUGUGCGCGGAACGGAACGAGAGUUUCGUAGUGAGUGAUGUGCUCGUCGGCCGCAUCUCGGACUUGCCAGUCACGAGAAAUUGUAUCAAGUACAAUAUCAGAUGAACCUGAGACAUAUCUAACUUUGUAAUUAAAUCUUAGGCGUAUGUAAAUG